GCAAACACGGACCCUUGGAUACACCAGAGGUGGGAUCAGGUGCCCAGGAGGAGUAAGCACCCCCUGUUGACCAGUCACACCCUCCGUGAGUCCUAUAUCCUGAUCAGGUAAACGGAGUUAUCCGCAGUCAAAAUCAGUGUAUCUAUUUAUUUAUUUAUUUUAUAUAUUUAUUUCUUUAUUUAUUUUAUCCAUUUAUUUAUUUUGUUUUAUCUAUUUAUUUAUUUAUUUUAUUUAUUUUCCGUAUCUACAUUUUACUUCUCAUUUCCGUCGGACUUCCCAAUCGUGUUCUAAAGUCGCACUCUAUCAUCACGAUGCAUACACACGAUGCUCACAUUUAGGAGGAAAUGGCUAUCAUUUCAAUUAGCGAGGAUGGUAUCUAAGACGAGAACAAUGUGAAUAUCCAAACGUACAACCUGAUACAAGUUACAUCCUGAGAAGAGGCCGUGUUUAAAGUGUUCUCCAUCAUAUAAAUUUACUACUCUUGACCUUCAAACUUCCGAGUAUGAUUUCUCAACCAUGAAGUGGGAUACAAAAAAUGCAGUACUGCUUGUAUAGUGUUGAAGAGGUCAGUCAGACGUGAAAGCGGUAAAUCAUGGCACUGAUAAAGAGCAACCCGUAUUUGGUUUUGGUGUCUCUUCUAUUCGUGUUUAUGGCAGAUAUCUACAGUGGCCAAACAAUUGAUUUUGUUAAAGACACCUGGAUAACAUCACCUGGGAUAGAGUCUCUGAGAAAAGAAUUACGUGUGUUAUCGCAAGCUGUUAAAAACCAAGCACUUAGAAUAAACAUUCUUGAAGGAGAAUUGACCGAUGUCAAGCAGAAAAAGUGUCAAUGUGAGAGUCUUGUAUUUUCGCCCGAAUCCUAUCCAACCACAAAAAUGACAUUGACAACGACGAAGGCGAUGGUGACAUCGUCGACACUCACAUCAACGACACUAAAGGAUUCAACAAUUGAAUUGCCAGCAUUAAAAGGUAAUGCAGGCCGAGAGUUCCUUGUUUUAUUCAUGAGGAAUCACCCAGGAUCGACAGGAGCCUUAAGUCUUUAUGUAACGACAGAAAAUGAAACAAUUCUAAAUGUAUCAAGUGCCCAGGAUUUGAAGCCCGCUAUUAAAUCGAAAAUUGACAGGAAAACUACAGUUACAUCCGAAUUGAAUUUUACUCUCCCUUUUGAUCUGACUUGUAAAUAUCUGACAGUGGAACCUAAGGCUGUGCUUUUACAGACCUCGGAGUUGUCAACAGUCACUGCUUUCGAUAGUCUUUAUGAAGGAGCAACAGACGGAUCGCUGAUUAUUCCCACGAGUAAACUGUCCACUAAAUACCUCAUCUCUACAACAGAACCUUACAAAAUAAAUAGAGAUUUUUACAGUCAAUUUGCAAUAGGAGCACUCUUUGACGGGUCGAAUAUCAAUGUAACAUUUAAAAUGAAGAAAGAAGUACCAUUAUCUCUGCCUGAUGGGAGCUACACUGACGGAGAUGUCUGUUCAAUCGCGUUAGGAAGGCUCGAAACAUUCCAGGUACGGCAUACGACGGAUCUCACCGGAACUCUAAUUACGUCAUCAAAACCAAUAGCAGUAUUCUCAGGUCAUCGAUGCCAGGCUCUGAAAUCUAAAUACUGCAGUCACAUGGUGACUCAGCUACCGCCGACGAACGAACUAGAUAAGGAUUAUAUCGUGCCCACAUUCUAUAAUAAUGAAGCCACUCUAAUCCAAGUAGUCAGCGAACAUACAAGUACUGUAAUUCUAACUGUCGGAGACAGACAAUCGACGUGGUACUUAAACGAAAGAGACUUUAAAAACGUGGAAGUGAAGUCAGGUGAAAUAACCGUCAUAGUCUCAGAUCAGCCUGUGCUGGUUUCCGGUUUUGGAAUGGGCGUGCCAUACGAUUCCUAUAUGACGGUCAUUCCCGGCGUGCAUCAGUAUCUCGAUUUCUACAAGAUAACAGUACCAGCUGGAUAUACAGAAAACUAUAUAUGUGUUAUUAUUCCAAUGGACUACAAGACCAAUCUGCGGAUAAAUGGCUUGCGCGUUAAUCAGUAUAAAGUGGUGUACGAGAGCUCCAAAGUUUUAAAUACAACAACUUACGUCAUUUAUACCUUCGAAGUUGAAGCUGGAACAUUCCUUUUAUCGACAUCAGAUCAUUCAGCAUUCGGGUUGAUCGUUUACGGUCAUAGAAACAUUGACGGGUAUAGUUUCGCAGGCAAUAUCCUUCUUCCAUGAUCAACAUCACCUGCAUCAGAUCACUGUGCUGUACAGUACAAUGUGCUGAAACUCACGCAACAAUAAUCAUCUCUGUAAACCUCGUGUGUACUGAAACUCCCGCAACAAUAAUCAUCGCUGUAAAUAUCGUGUGUGCUGAAACUCCCGCAACAAUGAUCAUCGCUGUAAACCCCGUGUGUGCUGAAACUCCCGCAACAAUAAUCAUCGCUGUAAACCUCGUGUGUGCUGAAACUCCCGCAACAAUGAUCAUUGCUGUAAAUAUCGUGUGUGCUGAAAAUAACUUUUGAUUUUUUUUUUACCUGGAACAGACAUUAGAAACUGUUUGAUUGUAUUACUUUUUAUAAAUGAUGGCAUCUAC